CAUCCGAGUCCAACAGUAUGUCAUCUCAACCUCCUGGGUGUGAACAUUACAAGAGGAAAUGCGCUCUUUUGGCUGUGUGUUGUAAUCGUAUGUUUGCGUGUCGUUUGUGUCAUGAUGCGCACUCAGAUCAUCAAAUGAACAGACACGACGUACAACAACUGCAGUGCUUACUUUGUGGGACAAGGCAGAAAGUGCGUGAGAAUUGCUGCCGCUGUGGGACAAAGUUUGGCUUGUAUUGUUGUCUAGUAUGUCGUCUCUUUGAUGAUACAGACAAGCAGCAGUUUCAUUGCAGUGGUUGUGGAAUAUGCAGAGUUGGCGGGAGAAACAAUUUCUUUCAUUGUUAUUCUUGUGGAUUAUGCUUGGCCAAGGGUCUCAAAGGCAAGCACAAGUGUGUUCAAGAAGCAUCACGAGCGAACUGUCCUAUAUGUAUGGAGGAUUUGCAUUCCUCUGUAGUGUUUUGCUCUGUUCCCCACUGUGGUCAUUUGGUUCACAGUUCUUGCUAUAAGAAUAUGAUGAAGAAGGGUAUAUACUCUUGUCCAACAUGUGGGGAGUCUCUUGAUGACAUGAGUACAUUAUGGAAGAUGUUAGAUGCUGAGGUAGCUGCUACACCAAUGCCAAAAGACUACAGAGACAUGAAUGUCCAGGUAUUGUGUAAAGAUUGUCACAAGGAGUCUUCAGUCAACUUUCAUGUUGUAGGAUUGAAGUGCCAAUGCUGUGGAUCUUACAACACAUGCAGGACAGCCACUCAGCAAUCUUAAUAGUCCAUUACAUGUGUUUGCUAUGUGUUAGAAACUCUGCUAUUAAUUGUGCUUGUAUUACUAAAGAAAGGCAGUUUACUGUAAGCGACGUUUAUCUUUUACAAUGUUGCCAGUCAAAUUUAACACAAAGGGGGGGGGGGAAUUGUGGCUCCAAGUGGCAAUAUUAUUUGUAAGAUAAUUGAUGUCAAAUAUGGUAAAUUUUAAUUAAGAUGUCUAAAUUUGUACUAGAAAAACUGCUGUAGGAUUUUCCAAUACAUAAUGGCCAAAUAUAUAUAUACAGUACAACUAGAUAUGACAGUUAGUGUAGUCAGCUUCUCAAAAAUGUUGCUGUUGGUCUCAUAUCAGAAGCAAUUCAGUUAUUGACGUAAGGGCAUUAACAUUUUUAUUCAGAUGAUGUCUUGAUGUGUUUUUGCAAAAUGUGGAGCAGGACAGUAAAGUAUAAUCAGUGCCAGGUUAUUGUACGCACUGAUUACUAAUCACUUAUGUGUAGUUCCCGGAUGUCACCUUGCAGACAUGGAGUUGAUAUCAGCCAGACGUUUUCUUCAGAACCAGACGGCUCAUUCGUUUUUAUCCGUCAGAUGUCAACUGACAGGUUUGUUAUUAUGUAUCUAGUGGCGCUAAUCUAAAAGUUCUAUGAGCUUUCUCGCCACUAGGGUCGGUUCCUAGACCUCGAAAGGGGCCCUUUAAUUAAUAGCGUUUUUUGUAAACCGAAACGUCCAUUCGAAUUUGGGGUUUUUGAACACGGUCUGCAUGUAUGGUUUCGUGAACACGGUCUGCAUGUAUGGUUUCGUGACGAUUGGCCCAGCAGUUUUGACGACGCACGCUUCUUCCUCCAUCGGUCCCAUCCUGCAUGCCAGUUUCACAUAUGACAGUACUUUUGAAAGAGUUUAUGUAUCUAGAGUUUGUAUCUUUUAUGGCAGCCUUGAUUUGUUAGCACUGUCACGACGGAGAGAGGGCUGGGCUCUAAACCGACAAUGGUUCCGAAGGUGCAAAAAUGUGAGUCUGCAUGUAAUGCGUCAGUAAGUGACUGAGUACACGUACUGUACCAAACGUUGGCCAAGCAUAACGCACGUUACAUGGGCGCGCUUUAAUAUUGAAAUCUGAAGUGGGUUGGUUAAUUUUGUUUUGAUUCGUAAUAAAUUGACUCUUUCUUGAAGUUGGUUUUGUACUGACUUGCAUGUAGAUUGAUUUAGUUAAGCACGAAUGAAGGUGUUGUCACAUGAGAACAAAUUAAUUUAAGGCUUUCGUCAGCAUAGCUUACGAGAAUGGGGCUGAUCACCAAAUGAUCUCCACACCGUGUUCCGUAGUAGUAUCGCUAGUUCCGUAGAUCUAUUUUUCACUCUUUAUAUUUAAAUGCUUGUAUCACUGCGUUAGAAUUAAUUAAUUGAGCAAGCGAAGACCUACACGCGCGAACACACAACUCUCCUUUUAUAUAAAGUUGUGUAAUUAAUUAAUUUUGUACUGUUUGUGUUGUGUAAUUAUUAACUAUUAUAUAAAUACCGUUUUCAUGUGGAAACCGAGGUCAUUGCGUAUUUACAGUAGUACGUGCCCUUUAGCUUAAUUAAGAUUUGAAUAUGGACUAUUACUUUAUAUACAUUGAGGCAAACGAAAAAUAUUGCUAAUUUUGCAUAGU